AUGGAUACAACCAAUCCAACCAUUGAGGCAAUUCUGGUACUUACUGUAGACAACUUGUCCAGGUGGAAAACCCAAAUCACCGCUUUCUUCAAACUUGGCACUGUGAAAGAAAAUAUUCUCAAGGGUGAACCAUUACUAGAAGAGAUGGAUAACACUAUCCUCUGUGCACUUUUACUCACAAAGUAUUGUGGACCACCCACAGCAAUGGUUAACUUGACCAACAAGAACAAUGCUCUCCUGAUUUGGAAGAGUAUUAUGAAACACUUCAUGCCCUCUGAACUUUCCAAUCAAGCUCAGGUCUGCAACCAACUUCCCAAUAUCACCUUUGACUGGAGCAACAUUGAAAACAGCUUUGACAACAUCAAGCAAAGCAUCACCCACUCAAAGAAUGGAAAGAAUAUCAAACCCAAGACUCUCAUCAAUCAUCUCAAGAUCCACCUGAAUGAGCAGAAGGUGGCCAAUGCCAGCACUAGUCAAAAUGUCACUCAGGCAAGUUCAGUUACUGGUUUCAUCAAUGCUGAGAAUAAAUUUGAUAUCUUAGGCCAUCUUGAGCCCCAUAAUAUAGAUAUUACCCUUUAUAUGGGUAAAAAGCGUAAUAUUGGUAUUAUGGUGCUGAAAGUAGCCCAUUAUCUCAAAUUUUGUUGUACUAACAUUGAAAUCAGUAGUUGA